CAUGCGUAAAACACAAUUCCCCCUUCUUUUUUUUUCUUUUUGUUUUCAUUUUCCUUUAUUUCUAGAAUUCCCCUUAUUUUUUGUUAUUCUCAGACAGCAACGUCGCCCAAAUUAAUAAAUUGACCAGAAACUUAGUACCCAACUCUCAAUUUAUUGAGGUGUCACUAAUUAGUACUCAUAUCAAUAGAUAUUUAGAUACCCACCUGGGUUUUCUUCUUCUGAUUCGUCAAUUUUGUACGAAAGAAUAGAAAUUAAGUCGAUUUUGAUUUUUUUGAUUGACAAUAAUUUCUGGGUUUUUGGAAAGAUUGAAGCUUGCGUGUUGUUUUGAUAUUGGGUUGUUCUCAAAGGUGAGCAAUUUUGUGCUUUUUUUCGUGGGAUCUUGUUGAAAUGGCUGCAAUUCUAGCUUCACAGAGCUGUAAUUGCGGCAAUUUGAAGUCAUUACAACAAAGAACAGCCAUUGAUGACCUUGGUUCUUCAUGUUCAAUAUCUGGGAUAAGGCUUCCCAAGUUUGAGCAGCGUGUCUUUAACCUAGCAGCAUACGGUCAAGGUAUAAGAUUUGAACUGGAAACACGGCACACAAGGAAACUGACCAGUUUGGGAAACGAUAAACGCUCAACUAAAAUGUUGCCAACAGAUGAAGUGAUGAACAAUAAUGGUAGAACAGUGAAUGGUACCAAGCAGAAUAUCAAUGGAACAAGCAAGGUUUCUAUUAAUAGCACAAGACCAGUGAAUGGAACCAAGCCGAAUAUCAAUGGAGUGAGCAUAGUUAAAAGAGAAUCUGCUUCUUCCUUGGUUGAGAGGCCGAGAUUUCAUGAAAAUGAAGGGCUUCCUCCUCUAGAAGAGCCAAGGGUAAUGCUGAGUGAUGCAGGAUUUAGUUGGGCUAAUGACAAUUACAAUUCUGUCCAAAGGUCCAUCGAUGUCUGGUCGUUUGUUCUUUCUCUUCGUGUGCGUGUUUUAUUAGAGAAUGCAAAAUGGUCAUAUGUUGGUGGAUUUGAUGAAGAGAAGCAAAAGAAGAGAAGGAGAAAAACUGCUGCUUGGCUGAGGGAAAGCGUGCUACAGCUCGGUCCAACUUUUAUAAAGCUUGGACAACUUUCUUCUACAAGAUCUGAUCUGUUUCCUCGAGAGUAUGUGGAUGAGCUUGCCAAAUUGCAGGAUAGGGUGCCUGCAUUCUCAUCAGAAAAAGCUAGAGAAUUCAUUGCUGCAGAGCUGGGAGCCCCUGUAAACAUUCUUUUUAAAGAAUUUGAAGAUCAGCCAAUUGCCGCUGCUAGUCUUGGUCAGGUCCAUCGGGCAAUCCUGCAUAACGGAGAGAAAGUAAUCAUAAAGGUUCAAAGGCCUGGCUUGAAGAGACUAUUUGAUAUUGAUUUACGAAAUUUGAAGCUGAUUGCAGAGUAUUUCCAGAACAGUGAGUCUCUAGGGGGUCCAACUAGGGAUUGGAUUGGUAUAUAUGAAGAGUGUGCCACGAUAUUGUACCAAGAAAUAGAUUACAUUAAUGAAGGGAAAAAUGCUGAUAGAUUCCGCAGAGAUUUCCGGAAUGUCAAAUGGGUUCGAGUACCUUUGGUUCACUGGGAUUAUACUGCAUUAAAGGUGUUGACCUUGGAGUAUGUACCAGGCAUUAAAAUAAAUAAUUUGGAGAAAUUGGAGGCACGUGGCUACAAUCGUCCUCGGAUUGCAUCACAUGCUAUUGAAGGAUACUUAAUUCAGAUUCUAAAAACUGGUUUUUUCCACGCUGACCCUCAUCCUGGAAAUCUUGCUAUUGACAAGGAUGAAGCAAUCAUCUAUUAUGAUUUUGGAAUGAUGGGAGAAAUUAAGACUUUCACACGGGAAAGAUUGCUGGAUUUAUUUUAUGCUGUCUAUGAAAAAGACACAACAAAGGUGGUCAGAAGUCUCAUUGAUCUUGGAGCCCUUCAGCCUACAGGAGAUCUGUCGGCGGUGAAGAGAUCGGUGCGGUUUUUCUUAGACAAUCUGCUGGGUCAAACACCAGAUCAGCAGCAAACUUUGUCCGCAAUCGGUGAGGAUUUGUUUGCCAUUGCCCAGGAUCAGCCUUUUCGUUUUCCAUCUACAUUUACCUUUGUCCUAAGGGCAUUUUCUACCCUUGAAGGUGUUGGCAAAUUUCUCGACCCAGACUUCUCAUUUGUGAAGGUUGCGGCACCUUAUGCACAAGAGCUUCUUGAUCUAAAGGAAAGGCGACGUACAGGAGUUCAGCUUGUGCAGGAGAUAAGAAAACAAGCUGAAGAUGCCAGAGACUACACAGUCUCCAUGCCUUACCGAGUCCAGCGAAUAGAAGAGUUUGUGAAGCAACUAGAAUCGGGAGACUUAAAGCUACGAGUGCGGGUUCUUGAGUCUGAAAGAGCAGCUCAAAAGGCAACAGUGUUGCAGAUGGCAACGAUGUACACAGUUCUGAGUGGUACACUAGUCAAUCUCGGGGUCACCUUCAGCACCCAAGGAAACGAAAUUGUGGCUAAUGGUUCAUUUAUAGGCGCAGGGGUGUUCUUGACAUUGCUCAUCAGGUCGAUGCGAAGAGUGAAGAAGCUCGAUAAGUUUGAAACGAUGAUAUAAUAGAAGUUGUAUAUACUUCAUACAUGUAGAGAUCGACAGGGUAGAUUGUAAAUUAGUUAAGCUCUUAGGCAAUCGCCUUUCCAUAGAACGAAAUUGAGAGAGGAUGAUUGAGCGGGAUGGGGAGUGAGGUAAAUAUCUAUUUUUAUGGUAUAUAUAUGAGAAAUACAAACCCCAAGGAUUAAGAUGGGCUGCUAUUCACAUUUUAAUUAUAGAAACUUGAUGAAUCAUUCAAUUAUUAUGCCAAUAUGUAAUGAGGGUGCACAUACGCAGUACAUUAUUGUGUACUUAUUAUUCAUUGUUCCUUUGUGAGGAA